AUGCCAAAUUCAAUUCCAGAUAUUCAAGGACUCGUUGAAGAAUUCAUCUGGCUUAGAUAUGACUCUCUCAUCUCUGCCAAGAGGGCUAUCACGCCGCCUCGAAAGAUACCAGCCCUGAGUUUCCUGAUGCAACCUCCCGCCGGGGACUUAAGUGUCCGUCGGCGGGCAGGUGAUCGCUCCUCUGUCCUGUCAAUAUACUCUCAACCGAAAGACAGAAAACCCUCUCCUCCUUCAACCUCUCCAUCUCACGAACCUCGCCCACCCUCCUCAUCACAACAACAACAACCCGACCAUGUCACCCCCUCCCCCAAACCCGCGCAACCGAGCAGUCAACUCACCACCGCAACCCCGCCCAACCUCUCCGUCGGCCCCAUCCCCCUCAACCCCCGCCAGCACAUCCCCCCCCCAAUCGCCCUCCGCGCCACCCUCACCCUCUCCACGGGCGGCAUCCUCCCCCUCGCCGGCUACUUCGCCCCUGGCACCACCUUAACCCGCCUCCACCCUCCCUUCAUCCACUACCAUCCUCGACCCCCCUCUUCGGGCGCCGCGAGCCCGUACGUCCUUCAGCGGUCGCGCACGGUCGGUGCUGGCGCGGAGGAGAGCGUUCGACGUGCCGAACCGGCUCGGGAGCAACGGGCGCCGUGGACGCCUCGACUGGAAACUUGCGCGGUCGGGUUCCGUCGUGGUGAUCGGCGGUCGGGAGCCGGAGCGAGCGUCAGGGAUCAGGGCGCUGACCGUUGCGACGUGCUCGUGCUGCCGGUAUGUGUGCGGGCCGUUCGUCAUGCUGAUCCCGUCGCGGGCUACUGGGUGUGCGGGCGCCCGUUCCGCUUCAGCUCGGUUCGCGAGGGGCGACGCGCCGAGGCCGGCGGUGUGUGUGUCGUUGGGGAAGACGUGGUCGCCGUGGAUGGGGAGCAGGGAGGGGGGGUGGUUUUCCGCGCGCGGUGGAACGCGCGGGAUGGGCCCAGUGCGCCCUUUCGGACGCUGUUGACCAGGCUAGAUCGCUUGUGGGGCGUUCAAUGGGGUCUCGGUUGCGGGCGCGGUGAUCGGGUCAUCUUUGGGGUGGAGCGGGGGGCCGUUGGCAAGUCCUUCCCCCCGUUAUGCGGCGGCGACGCUGUGAGGAUCGAGGAGCUAACGGCGCUGACAGGCCGGUUCGGUCCCGUAAAUCCAAGCCAGCUAAAUAACAACCAUCGCAAUCAAAAUAACCAAGUCUACGUGCACGAGAUGGCCCGGCGAGGGAGCCCUUGA